AUGACAAGCCCCACCCACAGCCACUACGAGGCCAUCAUCGUCGGGUCCGGCCAGGGCGGCGGGCCACUGGCGCAGGCGUUUGCUAAAGCCGGCCGGCGCACGGCGCUGAUCGAGUCGACCCAUGUGGGCGGGACGUGCGUCAACGAAGGGUGCACACCCACAAAGACCAUGGUGGCCAGCGCGCGCAUCGCACACCUGGCGUGUCGCGCCCAGAGCUACGGCGUCCAGUUCAAGCGGUCCAGCCUGGUGCUGAACAUGGAGACGGUGCGCAAACGCAAGCGCGACAUGGUCGACAGCUUUCGCGGCGGCAGCGAGACCCGUAUCCGCCAGACCGACAACCUCGACCUGAUCCUCCUGGGGAAAGCCAAGUUCACGGGCCCCAAGCAGCUCCAGGUCGUCGUGGCCGACGAUGAGGCCAACCCGCUCACGCUCACGGGCGAUCAGAUCUUCAUCAACGCCGGCUGCUCGCCCGCGCCGCUGCGGGCUAAAAACGCCGACAAGACCGAAGGCCUGCUCAACUCGACGACCAUCAUGGAGCUGGCUGAAGUGCCGCGCCACCUGGUCAUCAUCGGCGGCGGCGCCAUCGGGUGCGAGUUCGCGCAGAUGAUGAAGCGGUUCGGCGCCCGCGUCAGCCUGAUCCAGCACCACCCGCAGCUGCUGCCGCGCGAGGACGCCGACGUGGCCGAUGAGGUCAAAAACAUCUUUGUCGGCGCGGGCAUCGACGUCUACCUGGGCGCCGAGGUCAAGGAGGUCUCCAACGUCACGCUGGGCCAGAUUGUCGUCUCGAUGACCCAGGGCGACGGCACGCCCAAGUCGCUGCUGGGCUCGCACGUGUUGGUGGCCACGGGCCGCACGCCCAACACGGCCGACCUGGGCCUCGAGAGCGCCGGCAUCGACGUCGACGCCAGGGGCUUCAUCAAGGUCGACGAGCACCUGGCCACCACAGCCCCGGGCGUCUGGGCCCUGGGCGACAUCAAGGGCGGCCCCCAGCAAACCCACGUCAGCUACGACGACUUCCGCGUCCUGCGCCAGAACCUCAUCACCCUCGCGAACAGCGACGAGCGCGCCUCCAUCCAGGGCCGCCUCGUGCCCAGCACCACCUUCAUCGACCCGCAGCUCGGCCGCGUGGGCAUGACCGAGAAGGAAGCCCGCGCCCUCACCCCGCCGCGCAACGUCAAGGUGGCCAAGAUGCCCAUGUCGUACGUCGCCCGCGCCCUCGAGAUGGACGAGACAAAGGGCUUCAUGAAGGCCGUGGUCGACGCCGACACGAGGGAGAUUCUCGGCUUUGCCUGUUUGGGGAUUGAGGGUGGGGAGAUUAUGAGCAUGGUCCAGCUGGCCAUGUUGGGCGGGUGUAAGUAA